AUGGACUUCUACGCCUACAGAAUCAUGGUGAGGAACAAUUUUAACCACCUACUUAGAACCAAAAACCUCUUCCAUCAGUUUUUAGUCGAUAUGUACACUAAGAUUGAGGGAGAACGUCUCCUCUACGUACGCCACAAUCAGAGCAAAUUGCGAGUCGACAGCUACAUCCACCUAAAAGAUGCUCUCGCCCAGGAUAGCCAAGAUACUGACCUUGGACGAGCAGUCAUUCUUCCAUCUUCUUUCACUGGCGGUCCCAGGUACAUGCAUGAGAAAACUCAAGAUGCAAUGACGUAUGUCAGAAAGUACGGUCGUUCUGAUCUUUUUAUAACUUUUACAUGCAACCCCUCUUGGCCGGAGAUAAAAAAUGAGCUGAUGAGAGGACAAACAUCCCAGAACAGACACGACCUUCUGGCCAGAGUCUUUCGCCUGAAGUUUAAAAAGCUAAUGGAAUUGCUCAUCAACGGUGCCAUCUUUGGCGCAACACGCUGUCACAUGUCCUCCAUCGAGUGGCAAAAGCGGGGCCUCCCCCAUUCGUAUAUCUUGGUGUGGCUUGAAGAGAAACUCCACCCUGCUGAUGUCGACCCUAUUAUUAGUGCUGAGAUACCCAACCCCGAAGAAGACUCAGUGCUCUACAACAUCAUCAAGAAGCACAUGAUCCAUGGGCCAUGCGGUGCACUAAACCGAAAGUCGCCAUGCAUGAAAGACGGCAAGUGUACGAAACGAUAUCCAAGAGAGCUUCUCCAGGAGACUCAGACAGGGCACGAUGGGUACCCACUUUACCGCAGAAGAAAGGCGGGAGAUGGUGGAUUUACAGCAAAAGUGACAAUCUUAGGUUGCAACGAAGUGGAAAUUGAUAACAUGUGGGUUGUCCCUUAUUGCCCUAUUGUGUCCAAGAUCUUCAAUGCGCACAUUAAUGUUGAGUACUGCAAUACAGUGAAAUCGAUCAAGUACAUAUGUAAAUACGUCAACAAAGGUAGCGAUCAGGCAGUAUUCGGGCUUGAACGGCAAGAAAUGAGGAGGGAUGAGGUUUCAAGGUACGAGAUUGGAAGAUACAUAUGCAGCAGUGAAGCAACAUGGCGUAUUCUUGACUUCCCAAUUCAUCACAGGUAUCCACCGGUGGAGCAUUUGUACGUGCACCUGGAGAAUGGGCAACGUGUGUAUUUUACCGAAGACAACGUAAGAGACAUAAUAGCAGAGCCACCUAGAACUACUUUGACAGCAUUCUUCGACCUUUGCCGAGAAGACGACUUUGCCAAAACUCUAUUGUAUUGCGAUGUGCCACAAUACUACAGGUGGGACAGAUCCUGUAAGAAAUGGAAACGACGCAUCCAGGGCAUCCACGUGGAAGGACAUCCAGGAAUCAAGUCAUGCGACACUCUUGGUAGAGUGUACACUAUCCACCCAAGCGCAUUUGAAUGCUAUUGCUUGCGCCUUCUCCUUCACAUAGUCAGAGGGCCGACAUCGUAUGAAGAUCUUAGAAUGGUCAAUCAAUUCAAGUGUGCAACUUUCAGAGAAGCUUGCUCGAUAAGGGGUUUGUUGGAGGAUGAAGGUCACUGGAGCGCAACUCUAGAAGAAGCUGCUGUCAGUCGCUCUCCCCGCAUGCUCAGAAAUCUGUUUGGCACUAUGAUCGUUACGUGUGGGCUGGGAAACCCAAAAAGUCUGUGGGAUAAACACAAAGAGAGCUUAGCUGAAGACAUACUACUUGAGGUGCGCUAUCACAAUCUUAGCCAAGGACCUUGCUUCAACCAAGCACUCAUACUGCUUGAAGACAUAGUUAUUAGAUUAGGAGGCCACGAGCUUAGAACGUAUGGUCUGCCGAAACCUCAGAGAGACCAGCAGGUAUGCAAUUGCAGAGACUUGAUCAGAGAGACCAACUAUGACCAAGAUGAGCUUACAGCGUACGUAUCAAGCAACGAACCAUUACUGAUGCCAGACCAAGCUGCGGCUUAUCACGUCAUCCUAGACAACAUGCAGAGUGGAUCUGGUGGUGUUAUCUUUCUAGAUGCAACUGGUGGCACAGGCAAGACGUUCCUCCUCAACCUUUUACUUUCUAAGGUGAGGCAACAAAAGAAGAUUGCUGUUGCUGUUGCUUCAUCAGGAAUUGCCGCAACUUUGCUUGCCGGAGGCAGGACUGCCCACUCAGCUUUCAAACUUCCGUUAAACUUGGCACAUACGGAGACGCCAACCUGUAACAUUGCUAAGGGUACAGGAAUGGCCACAAUACUAAAGCAAUGUCAGCUGAUUGUGUGGGAUGAGUGCACAAUGGCAAACAAGCUGGCGCUGGAGGCUCUUGAUCGCACGCUAAGAGAUAUCAGAGAGACACAACAAACAGCUUUUGGCGCUGUAACCGUUUUACUUGCUGGUGAUUUUCGGCAAACUUUGCCAGUCAUACAGAGGGGAACCUCGGCAGAUGAACUUUCAGCUUGCCUUAAAUCUUCUUUUAUAUGGCAGCAAGUCCAAACUCUCACCCUGUCUACUAACAUGAGAGUGUAUCUUGAAAGGGACGCAACAGCGGGAGAGUUUUCAUCGAUGCUGCUAUCAAUUGGAAACGGCGAACUGACUGCUGAUGAGAGCGGACUGGUAACCAUACCACCCGGAUGUGGAGAAUUAGUUAACGGUGUAGAGGCACUUAGCGGAAAAGUCUUCCCCAACUUGGCUGUAAACUACAAGAACCACAAGUGGUUGUGCGAGCGUGCCAUCCUUGCACCAAGAAAUGACAUGGCCAGCAAAAUCAAUGAAAAACUUCUUAUGCAAUUGCCUGGAAAAGAACAGCUGCUAAAGUCUAUUGACACAGUUGUAGACAUGUCGGAUUCUGUGCAGUAUCCAACCGAGUUCCUAAAUUCCUUAGACCUUCCUGGCAUGCCACCGCAUAAUCUUAAAUUGAAAGUGGGGUGCCCUGUUAUGCUUCUCCGAAAUCUGGAUGCUCCCGAUCUUUGCAAUGGAACACGACUCAUCAUUAAACAGAUUUUGCCGCACGUUCUUGAAGCCACCAUACUGACAGGACAAGCUCAAGGAAACGACAUCUUCAUACCAAGAAUACCACUCAUACCAUCGGACCACAAUUUAAACGACUGCAGUUUCCACUAA